UCCUUAUUUUCUUGCAGGCACGUCAGUGUAUUUGAGAAGAUGGGAGAAUCCAUUCUCUAUAGUUGUUUUCAAUGGAGGAUCAGAAGUGUGCUGAGCCUGGUAUAUUGCCAGAAUGGAAUUUGCAGCUACAGUUUUUCCAGAUUUCAGUCAGGCUGGUUUAGGCAAAACCCGGAGACCACGUUUGAAGUUUAUGUGGAAGUAGCUUAUCCUAGGACAGGUGGCACUCUUUCAGAUCCUGAGGUGCAGAGGCAAUUCCCGGAGGACUACAGUGACCAGGAAGUUCUACAGACUUUGACCAAGUUUUGUUUCCCCUUCUAUGUGGACAGCCUCACAGUUAGCCAAGUUGGCCAGAACUUCACAUUCGUGCUCACUGACAUUGACAGCAAGCAGAGAUUCGGGUUCUGCCGUUUAUCUUCAGGAGCCAAAAGCUGCUUCUGUAUCUUAAGUGGUGAUGGAGUGUAUUGUAUAGCAGUAAAGAAAAAAGUUGAGACAUGUUGUAGUCAUGAACUCUAUCUCCCGUGGUUCGAGGUAUUUUAUAAAAUACUUAACAUCUUGGCAGAUUACACAACAAAAAGACAGGAGAGUCAGUGGAAUGAACUUCUUGAAACUCUGCACAGACUUCCCAUCCCUGACCCAGGCGUGUCUGUCCAUCUCAGCGUGCAUUCUUACUUUACUGUGCCUGAUACCAGAGAACUUCCCAGCAUACCUGAGAACAGAAAUUUGACAGAAUAUUUUGUGGCUGUGGAUGUAAACAACAUGUUACAUCUGUAUGCCAGUAUGCUGUAUGAACGUCGGAUCCUCAUCAUCUGCAGCAAACUCAGCACUUUGACUGCCUGCAUCCACGGCUCGGCCGCGAUGCUCUACCCCAUGUACUGGCAGCAUGUGUACAUCCCCGUGCUGCCCCCACAUCUGCUGGACUACUGCUGUGCUCCCAUGCCCUACCUCAUAGGAAUCCAUUUAAGUUUAAUGGAGAAAGUCAGAAACAUGGCCCUGGAUGAUGUUGUGAUUCUGAACGUGGACACCAACACCCUGGAAACUCCUUUUGAUGACCUCCAGAGCCUCCCAAACGAUGUGAUCUCUUCACUGAAGAACAGGCUGAAAAAGGUAUCCACAACCACCGGUGACGGCGUGGCCAGAGCCUUCCUCAAGGCCCAAGCUGCUUUCUUCGGUAGCUACCGAAAUGCUCUAAAAAUUGAACCAGAGGAACCCAUCACCUUCUGCGAGGAGGCCUUCGUGUCCCACUAUCGCUCCGGAGCCAUGAGGCAGUUCCUGCAAAACGCCACACAGCUGCAGCUCUUCAAGCAGUUUAUUGAUGGGCGAUUAGACCUUCUCAAUUCUGGUGAAGGUUUCAGCGAUGUUUUUGAGGAGGAGAUCAACAUGGGGGAAUAUGCUGGCAGUGAUAAACUGUACCAUCAGUGGCUCUCCACGGUCCGGAAAGGAAGCGGAGCAAUUCUCAAUACUGUAAAGACAAAAGCCAAUCCAGCCAUGAAGACUGUCUACAAGUUCGCAAAAGAUCAUGCAAAAAUGGGAAUAAAAGAGGUGAAAAACCGCUUGAAGCAAAAGGACUUCGCAGAGAACGGCUGUGCCGCCACUGCAGAGGAGCCGCUGCCAAAGACUGCGCCAUCACCCCUGGUGGAGGCCAAGGACCCCAAGCUCCGAGAGGAUCGGAGACCAAUCACAGUCCACUUUGGGCAGCCACAAAGACUCCGUCCCACUCGACCGCCGCCUCCCAAGAUACAGCGCUCAAGGCCCGUUCGCCCGCCCCGUCCUCACGUUGUCAAGAGACCGAAGAGCAACAUCUCCGUGGAAGGCCGAAGGACGUCCGUCUCAAGCCCCGAGCAAGCAAGGGCAGGCCACUGCGUGGGGCGAAGGCGUGGACACCGCGGCCCGGCACACAGGCGGGAUCUGAACCCACGAGCGAGCUCAGCUCCCCUCUCUGGGGCCUGUGGCCCGUCGCGGCCCUGCCUGGUAAAGCCCUUGCGACACUAUGCGGUCUUCCUCUCCGAGGACUCCUCUGACGAUGAAUGCCAGCGGGAAGAGGCCCCGAGCGCUGGCUUCACCGAAAGCUUUUUCUUCUCCGCUCCCUUUGAAUGGCCACAACCAUAUCGGACGCUCAAGGAGUCAGACAGCGCAGAAGGUGACGAGGCAGAAAGUCCCAAACAGCUGUCACGGGACCCCAGGGCCCCUGUCCCCGUACCCUCUGACCGGGCGGCCAGUAUCGACCUCCUGGAAGACGUCUUCAGCAACCUGGACAUGGAGGCCCCGGUGCAGCCGCUGGGCCAGGCCAAGAGCCUAGAGGAUCUUCGGGCCCCCAAAGACCUGCGAGAGCAGCCAGGGACCUUUGACUAUCAGAGGCUGGACCUGGGCAGGAGCGAGAGGAGCCUCGGGAUGAUGGUGGCCUUGAAGCUUACCCACCCAUACAACAAGCUCUGGAGCCUGGGCCAGGAUGACAUGGCCAUCCCCAGCAAGCCCCCCAGCACCUCCCCUGAGAAGCCCGCGACUCUCCUUGGCAACUCCCCGAGCCUGCCUUGCAGGCCCCAGGCCCAGGACAGCAUCCUGAACCCCAGCAACAAGGAGGAGGCCCCCACCCCCACUCCUGGCAGCAUCACCAUCCCCCGGCCACAGGGCAGGAAGACGCCAGAGCUGGGCAUCGUACCUCCACCACCCACCGCCCGCCCGGCCAAGCUCCCAGCUGCCAGCGGCACGCUCGGGGACUUCUCAGCAGAUCGGGAGAGGCAAGCUGCUCUGAACCCAGCCCUGUUCCCGGGGCUCCUCCCCAGGGCGGCCCCCCAAGGCCCCACGGAACUGCUGCAGCCGCUCAGCCCCGCCCCAGCAGCUACAGGCAUGGGCAGUGAUGCCCUGCUUGCCCUCCUGGACCCACUUAACACAGCCUGGUCAGGCGACAUCGUCCCGCCACACCCUGCCGCCCCAAACGUGGCCACCCCGUUCACCCCCCAGCUCAGCUUUCCCGCUGCGGGGACCCCCGCCCCCUUCCCUCAGCCACCUCUCAACCCUUUCGUCCCAUCUGUGCCAGUAGCGCCCGCUACCCUACGCCUGGGCUCCACACCAGCUGGGCCUUUUGGUGUCCCCCCAGCUUCCUUGGGGCCGGCUUUUGCGCCCAGCCUCCUCCUGUCCAGUUCUGGCUUCUGCGCACCUCACAGGUCUCAGACCAACCUGUCCGCCCUCUCCAUGCCCAACCUCUUUGGUCAGGUGCCUAUGGGCACUCACACCAGCCCUCUACAGCCACUGGGACCCCCCUCAGUCGCCCCAUCGAGGAUCCGAACAUUGCCCCUGCCCCGCUCAAGUGCCAGGGCUGCUGAGGCCAAGCAGGGGCUGGCCCUGAGGCCCGGGGACCCCCCACUCCUGCCUCCCAGGGCCCCCCAGGGCCUGGAGCCAGCAUUGCAGCCCUCUGUCCCUUCGCAGGCCAGAGACCCCUUUGAGGAUUUGUUACAGAAAACCAAGCAGGACGUGAGCCCGGCCCCGGCCCCCAGCUCAGUGGAACAGCUCCGGAGGCAGUGGGAGACCUUCGAGUGAGCAGGUGGAGGGCACAGCGCCGCGGCAGCCCUCUGCCCUGACUCUGCCUGCUGGGGUGUGCUGGUAGGGAGGGAUGGGGCCUGCUCCCCACCCCUCCCCCACACUGCUCUUCUCCGAGCUCUAGCCCUGGGGAAUGGUGCCACUCACCGCCUGGGAAGUGCCCACCCGCCACGCCCUUCUCAGCACCCUGCUUGGGUUUUGCACUAGAGUCAGCUGGGCCAGCGACUGCCCCAGACCUCGUCCUCCACCCCCUUCCCACGCUCUGGCCCACGAGGAGUCCUGCUCUUCUGUCCAUCCUGCAGCCAGGCUGCCCCCACGGGCCCACGGUCAGCUCGAGCCCCAAGCCGAGCUGUGUGCAGGAGACACAGGUGGCUCGGGGGUGGCGUGCGGGCCCUUCCCGGGCUGCAGGGCUCCCCAGCGGGGCACGUCUCCAAACCCUCUCUAGCAAUACGCUCUCUUCGUAAGUCUCCACCCCAGCCCACGGGUUCCAGUUGUCUCUCGGGGCCAGGUUGUUCCUCCAGGCCCCUCAUGGUGGCCAAACCCAGCCCCAGACAUUGCUGUGUAGGGCCCAAGCACACCAGCAGCUCUCUAUUAGUAGAAGGAAAAAAAUCCCCACAGCCUGAGUGUCACCGUGGGACCUCCCGACUCUCCCGCCCUCUGUCCCUGUCAGAGACGGGGCGCAGCCUCCUGCCCUCUGGGACUUCACGGGCAGAGCUGAGCAGCCACCACCCGGAUCCCAACUCAAGGCCAUAGACGACGAGGUGCCACUGCGGCCUGGGCACCCUGGGGCAGGACCGGGCGGCCCUGGACCCUCAAGGCCCCUGUGGACGGGACUCACGUGGAGGCCUAAGAGCCAGCCCCUCCUCACCCACCGAGCUGCUCGCCAGCAGAGAAAUUCCUGAGGCCAACAUCACCAAAGUUAAAUUGGAAUGUAUUGUUAUUGUUUCUUUUAUCUCUCUUUUCCUUUUUACCUUAUUGAUUUGAUGAAUCUUGAAAACUGACUCUUUUCAAUAAACCGAGUUUAAAAACA